AUGGGCCGCUAUAUUUCGCAGCUGGACGUUGAGACUGUCCUCGCGACCCUGACGAUCGACGAGAAGAUUACACUGCUUGCGGGCAAGAGCUUCUCCGAAUCAGCAGACAUUCCCUCAAAAGGCAUCCCGUCCAUCAAAUCCGUCGAUGGACCCAAUGGCGUCCGUUCAGCGGCCACGGAUGAGUUGAUACGCUCGGCCUGCUUCCCAGCUGGCUGCUCUCUCGCUGCGACCUUCGACCCCCUCAUCGCGCGCCGGACUGGUCGCGCCCUCGCCGCUGAAGCCAGAGGCAAGCGUGCUCAUGUCCUGCUCGGCCCGACAGUCUGCAUCCACCGCCAUCCACUUGGCGGCCGCAACUUCGAGUCUUUCAGCGAGGACCCCUUUCUCGCUGGAAAAAUGGCGUCACAGUACAUUCUCGGCCUGCAGGAGCGCGGUGUUGGCGCCACCAUCAAGCAUUUUGUCGCCAACGAACAGGAGACCAAGAGGACCACUGUCGACGAGACCAUCAGCGAGCGCACGCUCAGGGAGAUCUACCUCAAACCCUUCGAGAUUGCCGUCAGGGAAGCAAAGCCUUGGGCUGUCAUGACUGCGUAUAAUCACGUCAACGGACAACACUGCGACAAUCACGAGUGGCUGCUGAAGACGGUGCUGCGCGGCGAGUGGGGAUGGAAAGGCCUUGUCAUGAGUGACUGGGGCGGCACAAACUCCGUGGCUGCGGCGCUUAAUGCUGGCCUAGACCUGGAAAUGCCUGGACCGCCGAGGAUACGAAAACUGCAAGCCGUGAAGGAUGCAGUGGCGAAGGGACAGGUGACGGAAGACGUUAUCGAUGACCGAGUCAGGGCGGUCUUGGAGUGGGCGUUCAAACUCAAGGCAUUUGAAGACGAGUCAGACCCCCAAGAGCUGGGCGUGUCGACAGACAAGCCCAAGAUGAGAUCAAUCAUACGAGAGUCUGGUGCUAGAGGGAUGGUGCUUCUGAAGAAUGAUGGCGUUCUGCCUCUGAAAAAGGAGGAACUUAAGGGCAAGAGAGUCGCGCUCAUCGGCUUUGCCAAGGACGCCCUCGCGCACGGAGGUGGCAGCGCCGCUGUCAACGCCUACUACAAGGUGACGCCUUGGGACGGCUUGCGUGCCGCCCUCGGUGACGGUGUCGAGUUCUCUUUUGCGCAAGGAGCCCACCGCGAACGUCUCUUGGCACCGAUCAACAAGGACGGCAGCAGCGGCGCGGUUUUCGGCCUCGAUGGACAACCAGGCUUCACGCGUAUGCUGUUUGAAGACGGCAGGUCGGAACCCUCAAAGACGAGUCACGGCCAGACCCUGUCAGCGUAUUCGCCCCUCGGUUCCCAAGAGUCGCUGUGGCGGGCCCUAGAGAUCGUUGCCGACUUUACGCCCCUUGAGUCAGGUUCACACUACAUCGCCUGCUCUGGCCUGGGUCCGACACAGGUUUAUGUCGAUAACCAGCUCAUCUGGGAGCAGACGGGUAAUUCAAGCGACCCCAUGGGCUCCCUUUUCCUGGCGGCCCCCGAGCAAGAGUUCCGGCAUCAUUUCGAAGGCGGCAGGAAACACCGCCUCCGUAUCAGGAGUGACCCUCCUCGCAAGAUUGGCCUCGAGAUCCUCGAGGGCCGCAGCGGCGUCCGCGUCGGCUUCUCCCUCGAGUCAGUCCAUGACGCCGACCUCCAGGCCGAAGCCGUGAGAAUCGCUCAGGCAGCCGACCUGGCAAUUGUCUUCACGGGUCACGAUCCCCAGUGGGAAACUGAAGGCCGUGACCAAGAUUCCUUCAACCUGCCACGUGGGCAGAAUGAACUCAUCGCUGCUGUGACCGCGGCGAAUCGCAACACGGUCGUCGUCAACUCGACAGGCGUCGCCGUGGCCAUGCCCUGGCUGGACCAGGUGCGAGGACUCGUGCAAGCAUGGUUCCCAGGCCAGGAGUGCGGCAACUCGAUCGCCGACGUGCUCACUGGUGCUGUCAAUCCCGAGGGCCGUCUGCCUGUGACAUUCCCCCAGAAGAUCGAGGAUGCGCCGGCGCAUGGAAACUUCCCCGGCGAGUACGUCGAUGGGCAGCUGAAGGUGACAUACGAAGAAGGUAUUUUUGUGGGAUACCGCCACUUUGACCGCCUUACGAAGGACAAGGUCAACUUCCCUUUUGGCCACGGUCUCUCGUAUACGAGUUUUGAGUAUGGCGCGAUGGAAGUGGCCAAGACGUCGCAUGAUAACGAUAGCUAUGCCGUCAGAGUUGAUGUGAAGAACAUUGGAAGGGUCGAGGGUGCCACGCUGGUGCAGGUCUACGCCGGCAGGGUGCAGGCCUCGACCGACACGCCGAUCAAGGCUCUGGCUGGAUUCCAGAAGGUGCGUCUUCAGCCUGGCGAGGUGAAGAGAACCGAGAUUUUUGUCUCAGUCAAGGACUUUGCGUCGUUUGAUGAGGCCUCGAAGCAAUGGGUGAUUCAAGGUGGUGAAUACGCCAUUUCGCUAGGCGAAACUGUGGCGGAUAUCCUGCAGACCACUGUUGUGCUACUAGAGGCAAAACAGUGGAAGCCAUGA